UCCACAACAGCGCAUCGCCCAAGAUGUCGACUAUUCUCCGAACCUUGCGAAAUCUCAGAAGAAUUGGCUUCAAGGAAUAUGGCCACCAAAUGCAGUACAUCGGUGAUACCAAAGCCGGUACUCUAAUCGGCACCGACCGCUACGGCAACAAGUACUACGAGAAUAUGGAAGAAGAACUUCCCCUCCGAACUCGCUGGGUUGAUUACAAGCAGAAAGAAUACGACCCCUCCCAGAUUGAGCCUGGCUGGCACGCCUGGAUCUCGUACAUGGUCGACAUUCCUCCCACAAAUGACAAGAUCAUGCAGCUUGGUGUUCGACCCUGGGAGCUGCGGGAGCACAGACCGACUUUGACUCUGAGCCGCGCUGCAUUCAAGACCUAUUCGACUACCAAGCCCAAGUAUACAGCUUGGAACCCCGUUGCUGCUCCCCGGUAAAUCUGUUUUGAGGUUUUUCCAUCAGUUGGAUUCUCUCAAGCUGCCCCCCGGACUGUUUGUGGCCAAUGUGUAAAUAAAGUUGUUCCUAUUCUGUUUCCAAUUGAUAAAAGAC